UCUAGUAAGUUCUUACAUUAGCCCUAUGGAAUACAAGCGCCCGCACCCAGUAACAAAGAGUAUUUUGAUAGACUGAAUAUUCUACUUUCAGUUUGUCAGGUCUAUAAAUACAGCUUCUGCUCACCUGGUUUCAUUCUCCCGUGGCACAUACACUGUAAGUCAGACAUGGAAGCCAUCGAGGAAAUGACAAGUCACAUUAAAAGUUUUAGUUUGGAUUCCUGCCCCAGAGGCAAUCAGGGGUACAAGCGGGUGCUGCUCCAGCUCUUUGGGUUUUUGGGACACGGCAAAUCCUCCUUUAUCAACACCUGCAAGUACGUCUUGGAAAAUGGCGAGUACCAGAACUAUAUCAAACCAGAAGAGGAGGGUGAUGGUGGAGCUCAUACAAUGUCCAGAAUAUCAUAUCCUCUGACUGACACCCUGAUUCUGGUAGAUAACCGCGGGUGCCCCACAAUGAAUGAUUAUGAAACUGGAGAGAUAUUUGCUCAGCUUGCCAAUUUAUUGCCCCUGGAUGAGGCGGUUGAGUGGAGCAGAGGAUUUAGACUUCAAGAACGAAUCGUGGAAGCGGAGAAGACAGUUCAGCCAUCAGACUUUAUCUUCCCAAUCUUUGUGUUCAGUGUGAAGAAUGGGCUCAACGGAGAGAUGAUACCAGAUAUCAAAAAGUUGCUGGAAUUUGCUCGGGAUCUGACUGAAAUAUUCCCAGUUGUGGUUCUCACACAUAAGACACAUUGUGAUUUUCUGGAUGUAAAGACAAAGUUCAAGAACAUGGGAGCGGAGCAGAUCUUUGCAUUAGAAAAUUUCACCCAAGAAGAUCAGUUAAAGACAAGAGGAAGGCACGAGAAUGUGCUGAAGUUUUUCUGUGAGGUUCUGACUGAGAUCCAGUUCCGUAUGGAGAGAAUGGGGGACCCAGUGGCGCUGAGGGAGAAGAGAAAGAUAAGAGUGCUGAAGUUUCUGUAUGACCGAGAGAUACAAAUAAAGGAGAUGGAGAUGCAAAUGAAGGUUAGAGAGUUAGAAGAAAAGCAGAGAGUGAGAGUAAAUUCAGUUAGAAAUAGGGAGAAAUCUGAUAACAAAGAAGGGAUCUGCACACUGAAUUAAGAGGGUUCCUAUAAUAUUCAUAGAUUCUUUAUUACUGUGCGCUGGCAGUAAAGGGGUGGUUCAUAUUAAAGGGAUAGUUCACCUUU